AUGCACGACUUGAGAAAGCAGGUACUCCUAGAGAGCGGCAAGACCGUCUCGAAAAAGGCUCGCUCCAAGACGAGCACCCCACCUCAAAGCCGCACCGUCAGUCGCGGCAACUCAACCACCGCGAGUCCAGCAGGAUCGCGGGUCCAGAGCAGAGCAGGUUCAGAAGAUGAGGCCGAAUUUAGCGACGGUACGGAAUGGAGUACCAACAGCUUGGACGCAUCACUUGUGGAGGAAACGGACGAAGGCGACGAGGCUUGGGCUGCCGACCUGGACGAGCGCAUAGAGGCCAUCAUCGACCGCAAGCGCAGUUCGACCGAGGGCAGAGAGCAGAGGAUCGCACGCCUCAUCACAACCAUGAGCCAUCACUUCGUGCAGAAAGAGCUGAAGCCAAAGCUGAACGAACUGCUCUCCGCGCUUCUGAAGAGUGUAAAGGGCGGACAAUCGGAAGCAGAGACCUGCCUUGCUCUCAAGGCUCUGGCACUUCUCCUUGUUACCGAUCCGUCGGAAGACAUCUACGAUGAGGUUCAGAGGCCAUUCAAGUCCACGAUCGAUGAUUCGGAGGACUCGACUGCCAAGAUUGCCGCCAUACACGCCCUUAGCAUCGCCACAUUCUACGGCGGUGCUUCCUUGGAUGAGACUCAAGAGGUCAUGGACUACUUCCUCGACAUCGCAUCCUCAGACGGCGCCAACAUUGGCGAGGAAGACAACGCUCAAGUUGUUGUCGCAUGUCUACGGGAGUGGGGGUUUCUUGCCACGCAGCUGGACGACUUGGAAGAUGUCACGGAGAACGCCAUGGAUACAUUCGUGGAUCAGCUCGAGAGCAACGACGUCGGCGUACAAGUUGCCGCAGGUGACAAUAUCGCCCUUUUGUACGAGGCCAGCGCAGGUGAUAGCGACUCCGAUGAUGAGGACGACUCAGAAGCCACGCACCAGAGAUACACUGUCUACCGCCAAUCUCAUCAACUUCAGAAGACUCUGGAAGGUCUGGCAAAGUCAGCAUCAAAGCGAAUCUCGAAACAGGAUCGCAAGCAGAUGCACGUUCAAUUCCGCGACGUCCUGAAUACGGUUGAGGAUCCUUCCCGCGGGCCACGCUAUAACACCGCCUUCGAUCCAGUGACUGGCCGCGAAUAUGGCUCUCGAAUGAAAGUCGCCAUCCACCGAGCUGGCGCGAACCGGAGUAGCUUCAUGAUCAUUGACAAAUGGUGGAAGCUACAUCGUCUCAACGGCUUGAAGCGUCUCCUGCAGGGUGGAUUCCUUGUUCAUUACGAGUUUAAUCAGGCCGUUUACGAGACUUUGUCCGUCAGUGUCGAGGAUGACUGA